GUCAUCGCCAUGAGCGCCAGAAAACCUCUGCACAAUCUCCGAAUCCUGGUACACACAUUCAGUUACCUCGUGCCUGGCAGUACUGGAGUAGAAAAACUCACGUUCAUGAGAAGGGUAGUCUGGCGACACCAGUAGGGACGGGAGGUCCAUCCUGCCCAAGAGCGCAUGUUCUCUUCUCCGGACACGAAGGAUCAGGAAUGCAAUUUUCUGUUUGAUUUUCAGAUCCAACCUCCCGCGUCUGAACACGAACCGAUACCGUGGAUUUGGUAUACAUGGUCAGGACAGUCUCUGGCUGGUGGUUUCGGAAAAAUCUCUCCCGAAAAGAAGAAUGAACUUGAGCAUAGCCUAUGGGAUGGCAAACCGUUCCCCCAUGCGACCAAAGGGCCGGAUGGGAAGUACGAUCCACUGACUCGCCGCAAUAUCAUCAUGUCAUACGCAAGCUCUAGAUUACCUCUACACAAGCACGAUAUCCAUUUUCUGAGAGAGCAUCCAGGACACGUUCAGUGGAUAAAGGAUCAGCUCAAGCUUCAAAAGCAGGCUCGAAAAGACCAGCCGUCCCAAAAUGCACCCAGCCUGAAAGGGCCGGAUAAGAAGUACGAUCCACUAACUCGCCGCAAUCUCAUCAUGUCAAACAGAGGCUUUGGUUUGCCUCUAUCCAAAGACGAUCUCAAUUUUCUGGCAGAGUUCCCAGAACACGCACAGUGGAUAAAGGAUCAGGUGUUGCUUCGAACGCAGGCUCGAAGUGAGGCGCCCGACAAUCCCUCUACUAGUGCAGCAAAGAAGAGGAAAACUCCUCCUGAUUCUUGAGGCGUGGUUCACGGUAGUUGAGGAGAACACGACGGGGAAAUACACAGCUACAGCAUGCUUAUCAAUGAGUUGCCCAAAUUCAAUCGCGCAUUGCGUAUAAAGACAA